AUGGACGCCUUCAAAAACUUUCUCAAGAAGAAGAAGGUUGACAAGCAUUUCAAGCGCACUGGUUCUGGAAAACGACUGGACGCUGGCUCGAGCAAUGUACCAAGUAUAGUUUCCGGAGCAGCACAGGGUGGUGGGAUCGACCGCGUUGCUGCCGCCGAUGUUGCUGCACAAGCAGCGCUAAAGCGUCUUUACAAAGCGGAACCACAAAUUAGCAGCAGUCAGAAAAAAAUUCAAAUGAUUGCACAACGUGAGCUUGAAGAAGAAAGACGUCGACAACAGCAAGAACAAGAACAACAACAACCCGAUUUAUCCAAUCUCCCAACUGGAAGAGAAAAGAUAUCUGUUGUCUUCAGGAGCGGUCCAGACAUUCGAGAGUUUGAGCAUGCAGACGUGAUCAAAGGGGUGUACUUCACUUGUGAGUUACUGGGCGGCGACGAAGCAAUGACGAAACCCGUGUUAAUGCAGGCCAUAGAAGAUUUUCUUAUGUCCCAGUUGCUCUGUGAGGGGGAAGACGCGGUUGUUCCCGCUGUUCUUCUUCUUUAUUCUCUGAAUAAAAAGCCAGCACGAGAGGUUGCGGUGGAGACCAUUGGAAAAUAUUUGCAAAAUAUCAUCGAAAAUCCUGGAGAGGCGAAAUACAGAAGGAUAAGAAUGUCCAAUAAAGUCUUUCAGGAACGAGUGGCUUGCGUCAAGGGUGGCGUGCAGUUUCUCAAUGCUGUUGGUUUCAAAGAAACAAUGGAACCUCUAAAAGAUGGCGAUGCUCCCGAAAGGUUCCUUGUUAUUCCUGAAAACGCCGCCAGUGAUACAGGUCAUCUAGUCACCGCGUUGUCAUUGUUAAGAGAUGGACAGAGCGUCCCAAUCAAAGUGUCGCGUGAAACAACGAUCUACCACGUUGGCGAGAAUGAGCGUAUUCCGAUGCCGAGAUUACCUGCGGAUUUUUUCGAUCUGACUGCAGAAGAAAUCCGUCGCGAGCAACAAAAUAAAACAGAGGAGGUCAACAGAAUGCUCACUCUACGUACUCGUGAAAUGCGUGAAAGAGAUGAGAAGCUACGUCAAUAUAGUUAUAAAUACACAUUGGUUCGCAUUCGGCUACCGGACAGAUAUGUUCUUCAGGGAACAUUUGGAUGUUAUGAACCAUUGUCUGUGGUUCGUGAGUACAUUGCGAAACAUCUCUCGAAUCAAGCUGCAUUGUUCUCGUUGUAUAAUCCUGUUCGAGGUAGCGAACCACUGGUCGAUGAAAACAAAAGCUUGGCAGCCCUGGGGAUGAGCUCGGAACCCACACGCGAUUCGACGACGCUUAAAAACAUAUCGGAAAGGAGACCAGAUUCAUUCCUACUUCUCAAUCCUCGUCCUGAAAAGCUAGUAACAGAACCAGUUAAGCCGUCUCCUAUCAUUGAAAGAUUAUGUUCCUUCAUUCCAAAAAUAGCUGCAGCAAAUGAAUCGUUAACGCAAGGAGGAGUCGAUGAAGCAAGGAAAUUGGACGUUGAUAUCCAUAAGGUUCCAUUUGACCUGGAUGAAAGUGACACCAGCAGCAGUGGUGAAAGUAGCUGUAGUGAUGAUGAUCUUGACAGCGAGACGGAGUCUGAUCCGAAAGUGGAGUUCAAUCUAUCACUUUUUCGUGAGGACGAUUCAACUGCAUCAGCUGCUACAUCUGUACCAUCAUUAAUUCCACAAGAAGUGGAACUACUACCUGAAGCCUUUAGGGAAGAUGGUUGUCCUAAGUGUGAUGAUCGGAAUACGAAUAAAUCGAAAGCCUUGAUUGAGGAGAUAUAG